AGGAUUGCUUAAACCAACCCCAAAAGGGAGUAAAGAGAAAGAGAGAAAGAAGUAAUGGCGACCAUGGAGAACACAAUGUUCUUGGUAUUUGUUUUUGUUGCUUUGAUCACCAAGGAAGCCUUAGCAGCCCAACAUGCUGUUGGGGGAAGCCAAGGUUGGGAUGAAUCCACAGACUUCGACACAUGGGCAAAAGGCCAAACAUUCAAAGUUGGCGAUCAACUUGUUUUCAAGUACGCCUCAGGGCUGCACAGUGUUGUUGAAGUUGCUAGUGAGAGUGCGUACAAGAACUGUGACCUUGGUAGUGCACUAAACUCCAUGAAUGGUGGCAGCAAUGUAGUCAAAUUGAACAAGGCUGGCACACGCUACUUUGCUUGUGGCACAUUAGGCCACUGCAACCAAGGCAUGAAAGUAAAGAUUAAGACAGUCACUGGGAAUGCACCCUCUUCUCCAGCUCCAUCUUCAACUUCUGAUGCUCCCGGCCCUUCCCAAUCUUCUGCUUCAUUUGUUAUGGCUGUUGCAGUACUGUUAGCCACAUUUAUGCUUUAUGUGUUCUAAGGAUUUGAAGGCUGGGUUUGCUGAUUCACCGGCAGUCCUGUCCAGGGAUGUAACUACUUUUCGGUUUGAUAUUAAUUAAGGGAGUAAUUACAGUAUUGUAUAUGAGUUGAAAAAACAAAGACAUCACAUAUUCAUUGCUUGAUUAUGAUUGAAAGAGUACUGGUGAAUAAGAAUGGCUGGGGUUGCUUUAACCCUGGCCUGGUUUUUGUAGUAUAUGUCAAGUGAUGAACCUAGUUUGUUGCACAUUUGAUUUACAAUUAAAUGAAGUCAAAAUUCAUACUGAAUA